AUGGCUGUAGAACGACUCGGCUCCAUCCUCAAGCACCUGACUCCCGGCAGCUCCCUUGCCUCGAUCACCUCCAAGAAUGCCGACGACAUCGUCAUCACCUUGGCCAUCCGAACGCCGCUGGCCAAGGCGAAGAAGGGUGGCUUCAAGGACACCAGUCUCGAGUACAUGGUCUACGCCCUGCUGAAGGAGGUCAAGGAGCGAUCAGCCAUAGAUCCCGCACUGAUCGAAGACAUUUGCCUUGGUAACGUCUCGGACGCAAAAGCCGCCUACAAACUCCGCGCCGCCUCCCUCGCCGCCGGCAUUCCCAAUGUCUCCGGUGCCUCUUCCGUCAACCGCUUCUGCUCUUCUGGGCUCAAGGCUACCGCCGAUAUCGCCAAUGCCAUCUCUGCUGGCAACAUUGAAAUCGGCAUCGCAAUUGGUGCCGAGUCCAUGACUAUCGGCGGCGAUGCACUCGACAAGCCCUUUGACGAGGCCGUCACCUCGGCGAGCCAGGAGGCAGCUGACACGAUGCAACCCAUGGGCUGGACGAGCGAGAACGUCAGUCGGGAUUUCGGUAUCACCAGGGAAGAGAUGGAUAGAUACGCCGCCGAGAGUUUCCAACGCGCCGAGAAGGCCCAAAAGGAAGGUCUCUUCGACGACGAGAUCGUGCCCAUCAAGACCAAGCUCAAGGGACCUGACGGAGAGGUUAAGGAGGUCGUCCUGACCAGGGAUGAGGGUAUCAGACCCGGCACCACUGCCGAGACCCUGGGCAAGAUUAGGGUUGCCUUCCCUCAAUGGGGACCUACCACCACGGGUGGCAAUGCCAGCCAGGUCACUGACGGAGCCGCCGCCGUGCUCCUGAUGAAGCGCUCCACAGCCAUCAAGCUGGGCCAGCCCAUCCUUGCCAAGUACGUUGGCUCGACCGUUGCUGGCCUGGCCCCCCGUAUCAUGGGCAUCGGCCCCAGCAUUGCUAUCCCCAAGCUCCUGACCAAGUACAAUCUGUCCCUGAGCGACUGCGACGUCAUCGAGGUCAAUGAGGCCUUUGCCUCCAUGGCCGUCUACUGCCGUGACAAGCUCGGUCUGGACUGGGCUAAGAUGAACCCUAAGGGCGGCGCGAUUGCUUUGGGACAUCCCCUCGGCGCUACUGGUACGAGGCAGAUUGUCACAGGUCUUAGUGAGUGCCGCAGGACGGGCAAGAAGAUCCUCUUGACGAGCAUGUGUAUUGGCACGGGAAUGGGGAUGGCAGGACUGUUUGUGAAUGAGCAGUGA